CAGACAGGGAAUGAUAGAGAGCCGGUUGAUGUUUUCGUGUCAGCCUUGUGCCCAUUUACGAGGAGUAGGUAAAAUCCGCCAUCUUGAGAGUAUAUUCAAGAACUGAGGACUUUUAGCGGAGUUAUGUGAUUAUCGUUGACAAUUUUACUAUUAAAUGGACAAGUAUUUGUCCACCAGGCGCUUUCUUAGCCUCUAUAGAAGCCGGUCGCGUUGAAAAAAUUGUGUUACGCGUCGGUUUAGAGUUAAAACGCCGAAAUCCCUGAUAGUGUUUAUGUGACAGAAGACACCGUAAGCUUUCUAAUAGUUUUUUGCGUGUCUAUUUCCGUUUUCCAUUAAAACGAUCGCGGGCAUACAGCUAAAAGUUGAAUAGGAUCGGAAAUCGCGUCUCAGAUCUGUCUAAACGGUUUCGCUAUGUAUUUUUCUGGCGGAAAAUGCGGUUAGAUGGGCGUUGUUGAUCGGCGGUCGCUUAACUCUCUGGUGGUGGAUAGUCCUGGUGAAGGCCCGAGGAGCCGGGGCGGGCUGCAGGAGCGAGUGGCGCGUAGGAUGCGAGCUGUGAGGAGCUUAGGGCUAGCUCAGUGUUAAGUGUUGAACUUGUGUGUUUUGGUGAAAAUGUCGACAACGAUGCGGCCGACUCUGCAAACAGUGCCGGAGUCCCUGCCGGCGGACCACGUGACGACGCCCGCGGCGGCGCCGGCGGUGGCUACCACGACGGCGGCCCCGACCCAGCCGAGGCACGCCAGACCCAUCUUCAAGAUGGGCUGGUAGCUGCUAUCUCGCUCCUGCUGCCGGUGCAGACGUGCUCCGAGUUUCGAUGAAAUGAUUCUAAUUCUUUUUUGAUUACGCACGAAAAUGUAUAGCCAAAAGUGAUCGAAAACUGUGAUACUACAUAAAUGUGAACUUCUUAAAUUACUAGUGAAAUGAUCUCAAACUAAAAUGGAGCGUAAACUAACACGCGAGGACUUUAUGCGGAAGAGUUUUCGCGCUCCCCGGACGUCGCCGGCGCCCGAGAACCACGAGCCGGCCGUCAACGGAGCCCCGCCUCCCUCUCCGGUGUCUCUGUCCAUGCUGGAGCGAACCGCCCAGCCCCCGCGGACACAGUAUGAGAUAACCUCAUCAGGCAUCGCUCCGAAACGCCUAGAGUUCAACAGAGCUCACCCCAUACACCUCAAAUCAUUCCAAGCUCCCGAACCCCCCGAUGAAACUAACACUCCGCCUUCCGAUGAUGUGCUGCGCACUCUGGAACGGCAGAUCGGCGAAAUGGAACGAGGUUUAGAAAGAGCUCAGAAUGGAACGGUAGCCGUUGAUGAGAGAGUGCGCUACGCUGAACACGAAAACCUCCUUAGAACUGGCGUUUCCUCGGUCGGAGGUGGAGGUUAUCUCGCUGCCGAUUCCGACACAGAACACGACGUCGUACCGUUUAAUAGAAAUGAAACUACUCGAAGCAGUACUGGAGCUACGGCUCCAACGGUACGACCAGCUCCAAGACUGGCUAGAACUCAUUCCGAUACACAGCAGCACCAAGUAGCUGCUACCGCCCGUCUCAUGCGUAAACUCGCUGACGGCGGCGCGAAAGAAGAAAAAACCAGAGUCAUCUCCCGGAAAGCGAUCCAAGCGCGCAUGGAAAAGGUCAAGAACUCAGUAGUCGGGACCAAGCACGAGCAUAGAGUCCUAGCCGAGCACAGAGCGGAACCGCCAUCUCCGAGGACCCCGACCUCGCCCGUGUCGCCGCGCUCGUCCAUACAGAGUGCAUCGGAGUCGUCCGCGGGCGCCGGCGGGGGCUCGGCGACGGGCAGCGUGCGGGUCUCCUCUCGGUCCAGAACCUCAGAGGAGCCACACAUUGGAAAGUACAAGCUGCUCAAGACUAUCGGCAAAGGCAACUUCGCGAAAGUGAAACUCGCCAAACAUGUGCCCACCGGCAAGGAGGUCGCCAUCAAGAUCAUCGACAAGACCCAGCUCAACCCUGGCUCGCUGCAGAAACUCUUCAGAGAGGUGCGGAUAAUGAAAAUGCUGGACCACCCGAACAUCGUCAAACUAUUCCAAGUGAUCGAAACGGAGAAGACUCUCUACCUGGUCAUGGAAUACGCUUCGGGAGGCGAGGUGUUCGACUAUCUGGUUUUACACGGACGCAUGAAGGAGAAGGAAGCGCGAGCUAAGUUCCGGCAGAUCGUGUCCGCUGUGCAGUACUGCCAUCAGAAGCGCAUCAUACACAGGGAUCUCAAGGCGGAAAACCUACUGCUAGACGGCGAGAUGAACAUAAAGAUAGCGGACUUCGGGUUCUCCAACGAGUUCACGCCGGGCGCCAAGCUCGACACCUUCUGCGGCAGCCCGCCCUACGCCGCGCCAGAGCUCUUCCAAGGCAAGAAAUACGACGGACCAGAGGUAGACGUGUGGUCGCUGGGUGUGAUCCUGUACACUCUCGUGUCGGGCUCCUUGCCGUUCGACGGCUCCACUCUCAGAGAACUCAGGGAAAGAGUGCUCCGUGGAAAGUACAGAAUACCGUUCUACAUGUCAACGGACUGCGAGAACCUUCUAAAGAAGUUCCUCGUGCUGAACCCGGGCAAGCGCGCGUCUCUAGAGAGCAUCAUGCGCGACAAGUGGAUGAACACCGGCUACGAGGACGACGAGCUGCGGCCCUACGUGGAGCCGCAGCAGGACUACAAGGACCACAAGCGGAUAGAGGCUCUGGUGUGCCUGGGGUACAACCGGCAGGAGAUCGAGUACUCUCUCGCGGAGGCCAAGUAUGACGACGUGUUCGCCACAUAUCUGCUGCUCGGCAGGAAAAGUACUGACCCGGAGUCGGACGGCAGCCGCUCGGGCUCGUCGCUGUCGCUGCGCAACGCGGCGCCGCAGGCGCAGCAGGCCGCCGCCGCCAACCAGCACUCAGGCGGCGGGUCGCCGGGGCACCGCGGCGUGCAGCGCUCCAUCAGCGCCACCGCGCGCCCCUCCAACUCGCGCCGCGCCUCCUCCGGCGCCGACGUGCUGCGCGCGCAAGUCGGCACGACUACUAGCGCCGCCAACAACACAACCUCCACGUCAACGACCACCACAUCCAAUUUUAAAAGACAGAACACAAUCGAUUCGGCAUCCAUCAAGGAGAAUACCGUACGGAUCGCCCAAAUGCAGGUGCAGAGCACAGCGCGGCCCGCGUCCGCGCAGCCAAAACCGGAACCGCGCUCGCGCACCAUGACCGCCGGCGCCGCGCGCCGCUCCACGCACGACCAGCCACCCAAGCUCAGCCCGCCGCCGCCUGCGCCCAGCAUGCAAUUCCUGCAAUCGGACAGCGCCGCAGCCGAGACGAAGAGCAACGGGAACGGCACCAAGACCCACGUUAAGAGUGCAUCGAUCAGCUCGGCCACCGGGCAGCCGCCGCUGGCCGACGCGGCCCAGCAUAACGCCUCGGCGAGGGAUCUCGCGCAACCUAGGCCCAGCCUGAACACACAGCUGAGCACGACGGCGAGCACGGGCGCGGCGGCGGCGCGGCGUGACUUCCCCAACCAGCUGGUGUUCCCGCGCAACGUGCCCUCGCGGUCCACCUUCCACUCAGGUCAGACGCGGUCGCGCGGCGCGAGCGCGGGCGGCGCGUACGGCGACGGCGGCUCCCCGCACCAGGCGCGCCCCUCCUUCUUCUCCAAGCUCUCCUCGCGCUUCUCCAAACGCCUCUCCGUGUUGGGGGAGUCGACCACUCGGCAGAAACCGCGCAUAUUCUCCUCGCUGGACAUUCAGCGGAGGCCGUUGGAUGCAACCACCCCGAAGCAUGCCGUAGGCGCUAGUCCACAAACCUUGCUUGGACAAGGCAACGACGAGCAAGUGAAACCACGCGUGCUGCGCUUCACGUGGAGUAUGAAGACGACGUCAUCCAGAGACCCUAAUGAAAUUAUGGCUGAGAUUCGCAAGGUUCUAGACGCGAACAACUGCGAUUACGAGCAGCGCGAGCGAUUCCUGCUCCUCUGCGUGCAUGGCGACCCUAACGCGGACUCCCUAGUGCAGUGGGAGAUCGAAGUGUGCAAGCUGCCUCGCCUGUCGCUCAACGGCGUGCGCUUCAAGCGGAUAUCCGGCACCAGCAUCGGUUUCAAGAACAUUGCGUCAAAGAUCGCGAACGAGCUCAAACUGUGACUGCCCGGGAGCGCCCCGCGCCGCCGCCGCCGCCGCCGCGCCUCGCCGCCCGCGCCGCGCCCCGCGCGCUCCUCCUCCGACGAGCGCGUGCCGCCCCUCCGCCGCCCAGGACCGACUCCUUACGCCUCUCCGCCGAAGACAUGGUCGUCGUGGCCAACGGAGGCAUGCGGACCCCCUCAGGUGCGUUAGCGCAUUUCCUGGCGGCCUACACGCCGGCGGAGCUCUCCUUGGCGCGCAGCGACUACCUCCGACCCCCCCUCUCCCCGAACCCUUCGCAGACUAUACAACCGAGGUCGUCCUUGUCCUUGAGAGCUGACAGUGCGGAUCUGGACGCGGGCCGAGCGACGCUGCGACCUCGGAUGCCGCAUCAGUCGUACUCUUAUAGCGUGCAUACGCUAAGGCGGCAGCCGCGAGCGGUCUCCCCCCCCCCCCCUCGCCGUGCGACUGCCUCCCGACGCACCCGAUCCCUCCGCCGGAGCUGUUCGAUUUUUAAAAAAAGGGGUUUUGAGGUACAAUUUUCCGUAGGAUUUCUCGCAAAGCGUGCCGUAGAUAAUAAAUGAAUCGCGAUUUGAUUCAGGCGGGUCGGUUCGUGCCAAGCGUCCGAGCGGUAGCGAGGACGCGACGCCCUUGUAUAAUAUUAUUAAAAAAUGUACGUGUCAUGGACUUUUACUUAUUUUUUAUUCGUUUUUAAUCUAACGGCGGUCCGGCCGGCGUUGUUGUAUAAUGUAUACUGAUUUGUAACUUUUUUUUUAAUUUAUCGAGGGCAUGUUUUUUAUCGUUUGUAUGAAAUUUGUUUUUAAAAAAAGACAUAAUUUAUCGGGUCGUAUUUGGCCGGGCGGGCCGCCGGUGCUUUCAUUAUGAUUGUGUUACGUGUUGUAUAAUGUACAAAGAGAGCGGUCAGCUCGUCAGAUAAAGUUAGCUUAGCGUUAAUUAUAUAUUUUCCAAUAAUGACAAAUAUGGAUAUACAAAAGUGUGGCUGUCAAGCGGUGUAUGUAAGACUCAUUGUAUAGCCAGGGACCGGAUUGGCAAGAGUCCGAGGGAGCGAGAGGUCAGUAGUCGUUGUCUCUUUCUAAUUAUAAGGCUGAAUUAGAAAGUGUCAAAUUUGUAAGAGCUACCAACUCUUGAUUCUGUUCUAAAUGAUUUCAAGACUUGUUAAAUCUCGUAGGUCAAAUGAAUUUCAAAACACUUGAUGUCUAAGUAUUUGUAU